CACUGCUAGUUGUAUCCUGCAGCCGCCAUGCCCAAAACAGUUGGAGUGAUAGGUGGGGGAGUAGCGGGUCUCGCGGCCAUUAAAACUUCCCUCGACGAAGGUCUGCUGCCCAUCUGUUUUGAGAAGUCGGACGGUAUUGGAGGACUGUGGAAUUACUCCCCUACUCCCCAAGAUGGCUACCCUAGUGUCUACAGUUCAUGCGUUAUCAACACCAGCAAGGAGAUGACAUGUUAUAGUGAUUUCCCCAUACCCAAAGAGUUUCCAAACUUCAUGCAUAGAUCUAACUUUCAAAAGUAUCUGGAGCUGUAUGCCAGCCAUUUCAAACUCCGCGAGUACAUCCAAUUCAAUCGACUUGUGGAGAAGGUUGAAAAGGGAGAUAACUUUGAAGAAACCGGAAGUUGGGUUAUCAUCAGUCGUGAUUUGCAGACAGGAAUGGUCGAAAGAGAGGCUGUGGACUUCGUGAUGGUAUGUCACGGGCACCUGACAGAACCCAACAUUCCACAUUUUGACGGAUUGAAAGAGUACAGUGGCCGGGUUCUACAUACUCAUGACUACAAAGACUUCCGUGGAUUCGAAAAUAAGCGAGUUCUGGUCGUUGGGAUUGGUAACUCCGGAAGUGACGUGGCUUGCGAUUUGAGUAGACAUGCAGAACACGCGUACAUCAGUACCCGCCGUGGAUGCUACACUAUACAGAGGGCGGGGGAGUUUGGCCAACCGUUUGACCAGGUCGCCAUCCAGCGUUGGGUACAAGGUAUUCCAGUAAGUCUGAUGCGCCCUAUACACUACCACAAAAUCAACUACCGCUACCGACACAGAGAUUACGGACUUUCCCCAAACUUCCGCUUUGACGCAGGAGUCUCAACCAUCAGUGACGAUCUGCCAAACAGAAUUCUCGUUGGAGCUAUUAGUAUAAAGUCCGACAUCAAAACCUUCACCCAAACUGGCGCCAUAUUUGAAGAUGGGUCGGAGGUGAAGGACAUCGACGUUGUCAUAUUGGCUACAGGGUAUAACUACAGCUUCCCAUUUCUUGAUACUUCGAUUGUGAAAAUGGAGGGACAUUUUUCCUACUUGUACAAACUUAUUUUCCCUCCAAAUAUUCGUCAAAACACCUUUGCAGUUGUUGGCUUGGUCCAACCCUUCGGAUCUCUUCCUCCCGUUCUUGAGAUCCAAGCACGAGUAGCAUCGAGAGUAUUCGCUGGUCGAGCAGAGUUACCUCCUCCUUCAGUUAUGCUUUCCGAGCUGGAAAAACGGAAGGCAUUCCUAAAAGCAAGGUACGUGGACUCCGCAAGAUACUCGCUUCAAGUGUAUUUCAUUCAAUACCAAGACGAAAUCGGUUCCCUCAUCGGCUGUAAACCUAAUCUCGGUCGGCUUUUCUUCACUGACCCAAAGCUCUGGUACAAGAUGGUGUUCGGACCCGCGGUUCCCCCUCAGUGGAGGCUGGAAGGUCCGGGGAAGUGGUCCGGAGCUCGGGACGCCAUCUUCUCUGUGCAUGAGAACACACUCUAUCCCAUGCAAACGAGGAAGUCUGGGCAGAAUGAAAGGGAUGGACUGUAUGACGGAUGGAUAAGUCUGCUGAAGAAGUUGUGUCUGUGUGUCCUGGCCCUUUUGUUCCUGAACUGGCUGUUCCGAAAUGGGCUGGUGACUCUUCUGGAGAAGUUAUAACUUGCCACAUGAUGUUUGCUGGCCUUCUCCGAGUCAUCUGAAGAAUCGGUAUGAUGUCAGUUCCGCACUGCCGUCACUAGACGUCAGCAUUUGUUUAUCGCUGUGACCAGAAUCUGUGUAGGUAUAUUCGAGAUGUAUUUACUGUUGUCCAACCUGUAGGGCAUCGUUAAACAAGAACGGUUAUAUUGAUUAUAGAUCGUAAUGAAUGUUUAGAAUAAUGUUUUCACAUUAAAUGUUCAAUUGACGGGAGGGGAAAUUCCAUCAUUACAUGAAUAAAAAUGGAAAUCGGCGUUCUCAACCACUUUCUUAACACUGA